AUGACAUACACGAAUAGCCGACAAGUCAACAACUUCGGAUCUGCAGUUCGGCAACCAAGAAAGUCUUCGUGUGCUAAAAGCGAUGGGAAAAGUAAAGGCUCAGAGAGGCCCCAUGAUAAACCAUUCAAGCCGUAUUCUAACGACACGAAUUUCGACGAAUUCCUAGACCUCAGCAGUCCAGUAACUUCAUUGACAAGACGAAGAAAAAGGGACUUGGACUGGUUCUCACUUGCAUCCGGGCUUCCACAGUCAGAUACAUUUUACACGCCUUGGAUAAAAGAGAAAUGUUACAGAACGAUGAUUGACUUUGGCAAGAAUCUCGCAAAUAAUGCUGACUCACUUGCAGAAUGCUUGGGUUUUAAAUUAGAAGCUGAACCUCUUUAUAUUCCAAAGCCUAAAAUCGUCAUUGUAAAAACUUGGGAAGAGGAAAAGAAGAAGAAGAGAAAGCAAAAAUAUCGAAAAAAGAGAAGUCUUUAUUUUCAACGAUCAUGUCAUAGACACAGAGUUCAUGCAGAAGGGCGUGCGAUUGAUUUACAAAUAAAUUGGCUAACGGAUGAAAGAAUAAUGAGCAAGAUCGAAAACGCUGGUAAACGCGAACAACUAUUCCGAAACCUGCAAAAACUGGCAGAGCAGAGCUUCGAUUUCGUAAAAAUUAUUCGAUCUUCAUCGAAACCUACAGUGCUCCACGUGUCCUGCACAGGUUAA